AUGCUUCUUUCAAAAGGUAAUUCUUUAAGAUUGUUAUCCCAAACAUUAUCAUCCCAAUCAAGAAGAUUCACUCAAUUAUCAACAACUUCAUUCAAUAUUGAUCAAAAUGAAUUACAAAAAGAUCUUGAAGAACCUCUAAUUCAACAUUUAACUAAAAGAGGUUUAAUUUCACAAACUUCAAAUCCAGAAGAUUUAGAAAAUUUAUUAAACAAGACUAAACUAGGGUUAUAUUGUGGUGCUGAUCCAACUGCAAAAUCACUUCAUUUAGGGAAUCUUUUACCUUUAAUCAUCCUGUUACAUUUUAAUUUAAGAGGUCAUAAUAUUAUUGGAUUAGUUGGUGGUGCCACGGGUGCAGUUGGUGAUCCAAGUGGUAGAACUACUGAAAGAUCAAUGAUGGAAGAUCAAACAAGAUUGGAUAAUGUUACCAAGAUUCAAAAUCAAUUGGAAGGAUUUUUCACAAAUGGUAUACGAUAUGCAAAAUAUUUAAGUACUUCUCAUGUAAUUGAAGAAGGUUUAAUUAAAUCUAAAAAUAAUUUUGAAUGGUGGGAAAAUGUUUCAUUUUUAGGGUUUUUAUCAACUUAUGGUCGUCAUAUAAGAGUUGCACAAAUGUUAGCAAGAGAUAGUGUUAAAGGUAGAUUAGAAUCUGAAAAUGGUAUUGGAUUUAAUGAAUUUACUUAUCAAAUUUUACAAGCUUUUGAUUUUUGGCAUUUAUUCCGUAAUGAACAAGUUUCAAUUCAAGUUGGUGGUAAUGAUCAAUGGGGGAAUAUUACUGCAGGUAUUGAUUUAAUUAAUAGAUUGAAAACAAAUUUAAAUAAAAAAGAUUCGUUGAAAAAUAGAUCAUCAUUUGGUAUAACUGCACCUUUAUUAACCACUGCAUCAGGUGAAAAAUUUGGUAAAAGUGCGGGAAAUGCAGUUUUCAUUGAUUCCAAAAUCACACCAUCAUUUGAUUUAUACCAAUAUUUUAUUAAGACACCAGAUUCUGAAGUUUCUAAAUUAUUAAAAAUUUUCACUUUAUUACCAUUAAAACAAAUUGAAGAAAUCAUUUCAAAACAUGAACAAGAUCCAAGUUUAAGAUAUGCACAAAGAAUCUUAUCAAAUGAAGUUACAGAUUUAAUUCAUGGUGUUGGUUCAGGUAAAUCAGCUGCAAUUAUAAGUUCAAUUUUAUAUCCAUUGCCUGAUCAACCAUAUCCAGAUAUUGGAUCAGAUGAAUUAAUUGAUGCUUUUGAAAAUGCAAAUGUUUUGAAAACUUUACCUAAAGAGGAAUUUUUAAAUAAACCAUUUAGUUUUAUUUUAUCAAAAGUUCAAGAAAUUUCUAAAAAUGAAUCACGUAAAUUGAUUUCAAGUGGUGGUGUUUAUCAAGGUUUUGAUAGAAUUAGAAUUGAUACUUCAGAUUCAAUGCUUUUAGGUGAAGAUCAAUUAAUUGAUGGGAAAGUUUUAUUAUUAAGAGUUGGUAAAGGUAAAUAUCAUGUUAUUCAACUAGUGUAA